AUGGUAAAACAAAGCAUAGUGUUAGGACACAUAUUUUAUGACAAGGGCAUUUCUGUGGACCCUGCCAAUGUUAAUGUCAUUACCAAUUUAUCUCACCCCUCAUCUGUGAGAGAAGUCCGUUUCUUUUUGGGACAUGCAGGAUUCUAUAGGCGCUUUAUCAAGAAUUUUAGCAAGAUUGCAUUACCAUUGUCGUGCCUACUCCAAAAGGACGUGGACUUUGAGUUUGAUAGUGCUUGUGCGGAAGCAUUUGAGGAGUUGAAGAGAGCUCUUACCACAGCACCAAUUGUGAGGAGCCCUGACUGGACGCAACCGUUUGAGAUCAUGUGUGAUGCGUCAAAUCAUGCCGUAGGUGCCGCGCUUGCACAGCGCGAUGGUAGGCUCCCUUACAUCAUUGCUUACUCCUCAAAGACAUUGGAUGCGGCACAAUCGAACUAUACCACUAUCGAGAAAGAGCUUUUAGCCAUUGUUCAUGAAUUGGAUAAGUUUCGAUCUUACUUGCUAGGCUCUAAGAUAGUGAUAUAUACGGAUCAUGCAGCUUUAAAGUAUCUAUUGACAAAGAGUGAGUCGAAACCUAGGCUCAUACAUUGGAUCUUGCUCUUGCAAGAAUUUGACAUUGAGAUUAUGGAUCGAAGUGGGUCUCAAAAUCUAGUUGCGGACCAUCUAAGCCGUCUUGAAAAUCUUAAAUAUGACUCAUUUCCGAUCAAUGACUCAUUCCCUUUGGAUAGUUUGCAUGCUGUUUCGGAUAGUUUUCCUUGGUUUGCUCCUAUGGCGAACUACUUAGUUGCUAAGAUUUACCCUCCCAACUUUUUAAAACGCCAAAGAGAUAAGUUGAGGAGUGAUUCCAAAUACUAUAUUUGGGAUGACCCUCACUUGUGGAAGAGGGGAGUAAACCAAGUAAUUUGUAGGUGUGUCAUGGAAUCUGAAAUCCAAUCCAUUCUUGAGUCUUGUCACUCAUCCGAGUUUGGUGGCCACUUUGGCCCACAACGGACGGCUAAAAUGGUUUUGGAUUGUGGAUUCUGGUGGCCAACACUAUUCAAGGAUGCUAACCGAUUUUGUGUGUCAUGUCACCAAUGUCAGAAGUCGGGAAAUGCAUCCCAAAUUGAUGAAAUGCCUCAACAACCAAUGUUAUUUUGUGAAAUCUUUGAUGUAUGGGGCAUAGACUUUAUGGGGCCAUUUUUCAAUUCAAGUGGGUAUUUGUAUAUUUUGUUGGCAGUUGACUACGUCUCAAAGAAGGUAGAAGAACUACUCAAGCGCUAUGAGAUAUCAUACAAGGUUUCAACUGCAUACCACCCACAGACAAAUGGGCAAGUGAAAGUGUCCAACCGAGAGAUUAAGCGGAUUUUGGAGAAAGUGGUGAAUCCACAAAGGAAGGACUGGAGCUCUCGGUUGGGAGAUGCACUAUGGGUAUAUAGGAUGGCCUACAAGACCCCAUUAGGGAUGAGUCCCUUUCGGGUUGUCUAUGCUAAAGCAUGCCACCUUUCUGUGGAAAUUGAGCAUAAAGCCUAUUGGGCGGUGAAGCAGUGUAAUAUGGACAUCACCAAGGCGGGAGUAGCCCAGAAAUUGCAAUUGGAAGAGCUUGAAUGUCGUAGAAUGGAGGCAUAUGAGAAUGCCCAGAUUUACAAGGAAAAGACUAAGGCAUUCCAUGAUCACCAUAUUUGGAAGAAGGACUUUCAAGAAGGUGACAAAGUUCUCCUCUACAAUUCAAGGUUCAGAUUCAUGCCUGGGAAACUCCGUUCAAGAUGGAAAGGUCCUUUCAAGGUGAAGAAAGUCAAGCCCUAUGGUGUAGUGGAGUUGUUUGAUCCCUAA